AUGGUACUUUCCGCUCCGAUGAACAUCCCUCCUCCACCGGAGUCAUUGUAUCAGCAGCUCCUUCCUGACGAACUCAUUGCGGAGGUCCUGUCAUGGCUUCCAGUGAAAACCCUCAUAAGACUUAGGUGCGUGAGUAAGAUCUGGAAAGCCCUUAUUACCUCUGAUGCUCGCUUCAUCAAAUUGCACCGUCAAAGAUCAGCUGCACAAAACCCCCAAUUUUUGUUCAAAUGGGAUGACAUUUAUAGCCACAACCGCAAUCUCACAUCAUUCCCCGUAAGUCGUUUAGUUGAGAACCCAUUGACCACACUACCUGAUGAACCCCAUCAUCGCAUUACAGAUCAUGGGAUCAUGAGCAACUGGCUGGUCGGUUCUUGUAAUGGCUUGAUCUGCAUACACUUCCAUUCUUUCAACAUUGGUUUCCAAGAGGAUUGGCUUUAUUUCUGGAACCCGGCUACCAGGUUUUUAUCUAAAAAGUUAGGUUAUUUUCGUGCUAAUUACCAAUUUUCCAAGUUCACCUUUGGUUAUGAUAAUUCAAAUGGCACUUACAAGGUGUUGUUUUUUGAAUUGGAGAAUGGUAAAAGAAAAAUUGGCAAUGAAUCACAGGGAGCUCCAGUGAAAGCUUUCACCUUGGGUGAUAAUCUUUGGAGGAACAUUCAAAGUUUACCUGUUGAUGUGGUUACUCUUGACGAUGGCUUCCAGAAACCAUCUAAUGGAGUGAAUUUGAGUGGUACUCUUAACUGGAUUGCACUUCAUAAUAGUCCCAUAAUUUUUUAUGCUCCAAUGGUUUCCAAGGCCUUGCAGGAGACAAUUAGGGUGAGCACUGCCAGGAAGCUCAGAGUUGAUGCGUUGCUACUCAAGCUACAGGAAGAAGAACGUCAAGAUGGUGAACACCGUGCUGCUGCUCCGAAUGUGAGUAAUGAAGAGGAGGAAGGAUCUGAAGAGUGUAGUGCAGGAAAGGACUCCAGUUCUGAAGACUAG